CCAAAAUAACUUUUUUGCAACAAACUGCUACUAAGAAGCAUCCUCAGCAAAAAGAAAAUAGGUGGCUAGAAAAGACGAACAUAUAUUGUGUGGUUAAACUAUUCAAAAAAGUUUCUUUAUUUUGAUACCAGUCAUUGCAUGCUGGUAACCAGUGACCAACAAUGACCUCCAAAAAAGUAAGCGAGAUGUCGGUGGAAGAGCUGGAAAAGUACAGUCACACUCCUAGCACGGAACUCUCCAUAAUGGUGGGAAGGGCAAAAGAAAGAGGCGAGUAUGGAACGCUGAAAGAUUUUCUGCAGAAGUUGUCAGAGCAGAAUCCAGCCAAGAUCCAUGAUGUGGACUCUGCUGGGAUGACUGCUCUCCACUGUGCUGUGGCAUAUUCUUCAUUGCCUGCUGUGAUAUUAUUACUGAAGUAUGGUGCACACGUCAAUGCAAAAGAUGAUCUGGGAUUUACUCCCUUGUUUCUUGCCACAGGCCGCUAUGCCAAUCUUGAUAUUGCUGGGCACCUCAUCAAGGAGGGUAAGGCUGACAUCAACACCAGAACCAAGGCUGGGGCAACAGCCCUUCAUGGGGCAGUGUUGAUGGGAAAGAAAGACUGUGUAGAGGUACUGUUGAAGCAUGGCGCAGACCCCAGGUUGGAGGAUGAUGAUGGCACCACUCCGUUUGAUCUCACCAAGGACAAGAAACUGCUGUCCAUUCUGCAUGAGCACAUUGCUGAGUUAGACAAGCAACGGGAAGAAUCUGGGGCCAAGUGUGCAAACUGUGGCAAGGUCGGCAGUGAGAUGAAGCGUUGCUCUCAGUGUCACACAGCCCUUUACUGCAACAAGGACUGUCAGAUCAAACACUGGACUGCAGGGCAUAAACAAGACUGCCUAGGAUUUGUCACAGCUAAGUCGACUAUAAAGAAUGGCAAGAUUGACGAUACUCAGAUGUGCUUUUAUCACGUGCUUGGCUCUACAAAGAAAAACGUUAAAAUGUAUUGCCGAAAACCAACUGAGGCUAUGGAGAAAAUGGAUAUUCUACAAAACAAACGUUUUAUUGUGAAAGUGCAGGUCCCUAUAGGUGUGAAUGGCGGUGAUAUGAUGGUGUAUAAUGUGGACCGCUCUUGCCAGGGAUUCAUUCAUAAUACUGAGAAAGAUUAUGGUAAGCUGUUGACAAGAAUCAGUAAGGAGGGGUACAUGGGGAUCAAGGCCUAUUUUUGGGCAGAAAUAUGUAAUACACACACAGGCGAUUUCAAAGUAUUCCAUAGCAAGACUGCCCCCUUUCAGGAAUGGUGAAAUCCAGAACAGCUCAGCUCUAAAUGUGGCUUGUCGGUCAGUUGUGAUGGAGUUUCAGAAGCAGCACAGAUUUCAGAUUAGAAUGGUUUCAGAAACAAUACGUUGCUUCUUCAAAUCAAUGAAACAAAAACUUAAAGAGUAGGCGGAUUUGUAGUGCAAUUUAUGAAUAUUUGCAGUGCUGUUAGAACAGAAAAAGCUCAAUACUUAUCUUUGUCUUAAGUGAAAAGGGUAGGAUCGUUAACACAGAAUUGGGGCUCCUUUUAUUGAAAACCUAAUCAAAUUUAAGUAACAACUAAAUGUGUUGCUCACAACAAUCUACAGAUAUUGUCAACUUGCUGAUCAUAAAUGUUUGAGCAGAGCAAUGGUGUAGGUUCAUUUAUUGUUCCCUACCAGUGAAACCGGAGGGGACUUAUGGUUUGACUCUGAGCUUCAGUCUGUCCGUCACACUUUUCUGGAUCCUGCGAUAACUAUAUAAAUUCUUCAUAUUUUUUCAUUAAACUUGAAACAUGGACAGAAGGCAGUAUGGAGAUUAUGCACGUCAUUUAAUUCUGCUCCUACGUCAAGAAUUCUGGUAGCUAUGGCAACAAAUAUAUAAAAAGAAAAUAUAAAAAAAAAAUCUGAAAAUAGUGGAGUUUCACCGGUAGGGGACAUCAUUGCUUGGCAAUAGUCUUGUAUUUGUUGACAUGAAAUUUUGUGGACUCACAAAAUCCGGCAUUCUUGUUUGAUCUUUAGUUAUUGAAUUAUUUCUAUAAUGCGUGUGUGACAUAUGACUGCGGACCAAGUUUGUUAGACAUUUGAUUUUGUGUUAUAAAUGGAUCCACAAGUAUCCAAGAAAAUUAGUGUGAGACGAAUAAUAUCUUCUUAAAAAUAUCCUUGUGCCAUUUGUUUGUAAUACAAUCUUUAAUAAGACUGGCCCCAGGUAUUCAUGUCAAAAUCUACGCAAUAUUGCGCUAUCUUCAUGUUGUGGAUUUUUGUAGGUAGGUUUGUGUAUAUCUAAUUGAUCUCAUGUGAUUCAUUUGACUAUUUGAUGAAUAUGUUACAAGUUAUUUAUAAAUGUGUUUGCUUUGAUUCUAGGCAUUUAACCAAAGUUGGAAUAUGAUAUUCAGCACAAGAAUAAUAUUUUUUAUGAUCCCUGCACUAAAAAACUCCAAUUGAUUGUGCAUUAACAAUCUUUUGUUGCUAAAAGUGCACAGUUUAGGGCUUGUGCUGCCUAACCCAGACUUGGCAAUCAGUUGAAUAUCUUAUGAACUUUUGCUCAAAAAUAUAAAUCCAGAUUAUGUGCAAUUAUUACACAAAAUAUAAAAUAUUAGUCCCUUUGUAAAAUGUAGUGUGAGGGUAAGAGUGUGUGUAUGCUGUCAUUUGAAAUUAUUAAGGUUAUGUGAAAUGUUCAGAAGUAUGCUUGAAGGAUACUUUUUAAGUGCUUAAGUUAACCACCAGUAGUUUAACACAAAUAUUGGAAAGAUUAGAUUGUGUAAAUAAGAAAACUUUUAAUUUAUGUAUUUCAAUACAUAAAUUUGAUUUAAUAUUUAUUGCAGAUAAGAAUGUGCCAUGGUGCAUCAUACAUCAUAUAAAUGUUAAUGACAUCAAAACUAUUACAUUUUCAUUACAGGCAGGCAUGUUCUUGUUAGUCAUCAUAUACCCACACAACUAUUUGUUGCUAAAAUAGUGCACUCAUAAAAUUGUGUGCAUGCUAAACAUGAGAAUUUUUUGUAUGCUUCAACUUUUUAUGCCCCCGGUAGGGUGGCAUAUAGCAGUUGAACUGUUCGUCAGUAUGUCAGUCAGUCUGUCCGUCUGUCUGAAAAAACUUUAACAUUGGCCAUAACUUUUUCACUAUUGAAGAUAGCAACUUGAUAUUUGGCAUGCAUGUGUAUCUCAUGGAGCUUCACAUUUUGAGUGGUUAAAGGUGAAGGUCAAGGUCAUCCUUCAAGGUCAAAUAUCAAAUAUAUGGCGUCUGUCCGUCCGAAAACUUUAACAUUGGCCAUAACUUUUUCAAUAUUGAAGAUAGCAACUUGAUAUUUGGCAUGCAUGUGCAUCUCACGGAGCUGCACAUUUUGAAUGGUGAAAGGUGAAGGUCAAGAUCAUCCUUCAAGGUCAAAUGCCUAAUAUAUAGCGUCUGUCCGUCCGUCCAAAAACUUUAACAUUGGCCAUCACUUUUUCACUAUUGAAGAUAGCAACUUGAUAUUUGGCAUGUCUGUAUAUCUCAUGGAGCUGAACAUUUUGAGUGGUGAAAGGUGAAGGUCAUCCUUCAAGGUCAAAUGUCAAAUAUAUGGCGUCUGUCCGUCCGAAAACUUUAACAUUGGCCAUAACUUUUUUAAUAUUGAAGAUAGCAACUUGAUAUUUGGCAUGCAUGUGUAUCUCAUGAAGCUGCACAUUUUGAGUGGUGGAAGUUCAAGGUCAUCCUUUAAGGUCAAAGGUCAAAAAAAAAUCAAAGCGGUGUUCUCAUGAAGCUGCACAUUUUGAGUGGUGGAAGUUCAAGGUCAAGGUCAACCUUCAAGGUCAAAGUUCAAAAAAAAUAUUUUUAUUUCAAAGCGGCAUUCUCAUGAAGCUGCACACUUUGAGUGGUGGAAGUUCAAGUUCAAGGUCAUCCUUCAAGGUCAAAAAAUAUAUAAAUUCAAAGCGAUGUUUUCAUAAGGCUGCACAUUUUGAGUGGUGGAAGUUCAAGGUCAUCCUUCAAGGUCAAAGGUAAAAAAAAAAUACUUUUUUUUUUCAAAGCGGUGCAAUUGGGGGCAUUGUGUUUCUGACGAACACAUCUCUUGUUUGUCAUGUUACUUUUUCUGUGGUACACAAUUGCAUACAUAUCAAUUUGUGCGAAACAGUGCCAUACGCCAUUUGAGCUUAAGUUCAUGUGACAAUUUUGUCGAGCCAUUUGCUGAAAGGUCAUUGAAGCAGUAUCAAUGGUCGAUUGUACGUGUAUGUGUAUUUGUGCAUGUAUCCAAAUUUGUCUGAACUUGAAAUUGCAAUUGUCAAGUAACAUACCACGAAUGAACAUAUGAGGAGAGGUCGUGUCAUUUGUAACACCAGUCUCUGAACCUCAAAGGUAAAGGUUGGACUUAGAGGUCAAAGAUCAAAUUUGGGCAUAGAACAGUUUGUCCGGAUUAUCUGUAAUUCAUCAUGCAGUUUUAAAAUAACUUACCACAAAUGCCCCGUGUAACACCUUUAAUUUUAUGCUUUCUGAUGGUUUAUAAAGAAAUAACUGUUAAUUAAAACUGAUAAUUCACUGUUUCAAACAGUGAAAAUAUUUGUUUAUAUCAUGAAAUCAUUAUUUUAAUGUAAUUCUCCAGUUUAGAUACAAAAAUAAUCAUUUGUAAGCAUCAAAUGAAAAGAAAAAUUGUUUGAUUUGUUGGAAUAUCGAUUUUAUUUCAAUCAUGAUAAUAGGAAAGUGAUUUUAUGAUUACUCAUGAAUUUAAAUCAAUAUUCCACCAAAUCCAACAAAUAUUCUCCAUAUCUUUACCUCAAAGGUCAAAGUCUUAGUUUGAGGUCAAAUGUUUGCUUUGGCUAUAAAUCAUCCAAUCCAGACAGUAAACUUGUCAUGCAUCCUGCAAUUUAUAAAAAGCUUCCCACAUAUGACCACCAGGAAGAGAGAGAGAGAGUGCAAUGUAACAACCCUUUCCUUACCUCAAGGUCAUGGUCAAACUUAGAGGUUUCGUUUUUUUGCCAUAAAAUAUCUUUUCCUGACUUAAUCUUCAUUACUCAUCAUGCAAUUUUAAGAUUUUUUUUACCACACAUGAAAACCAUGUUGAGACUGUGUUUCAUCUGUAACAACCCUCUCACCAUCUUUAAAGUAAAGGAACACAUAAAGGUCAAAGGUUAAAUUUAAGAUACAAUGUUAAAUAAUUUACGGACAGUGUUUAAUAUGUGUUCAAAGGUCAAGGUAUCAUACCUGGUCAAAGGUCAAACAUGUGCAUUAUUCAGUUUGUUAAAUAAUUACAAGCAUAAAUGACAUUUGCUUGACAUGUUGCCGACAGGCAUCUAGUUGACAAUAUUAAUUAACCCAUUUAUGCCUAGUGGACUCUACCAUCCCUCUAAAUUGGAUCAAUUUAUUUCCAAAAUUAGGAAUGUCUAGUUUAUUGAUUUCUAUAUUUAAAAUAUUUCUUACAGAAUUUCCUUUAAGCAAACAGCGCAGACGCGGAUGAGACGCCGCAUCAUGCGGCGUCUCAUCCGGGUCUGCUCUGUUUGCCAAGGCCUUUUUUUCUAGACGCUAGGCAUACAUGGGUUAAAUGAAAUAUGCCAUGUAAAUAUUGAUAACUGUUCCUAUAAAUCCUUCCUUAUUAAGCCCUGUACAAUAUAAAGAAGCUGAUGUUGGAUAAUCAGCUGUAUAUUGCUGAUAAAUGUGUGUGUCGUCAUAAUGACGGGACUGUUGUAAGUACAUGUUUGUUAAUUUACUUACUUUCUGUUGUUUAUAUGCCUCUUACUUGAUAGUCAUAAUUGAAUGCUCUCAGCAAACGUGUUGCUUAAUAUGCCAUAAGCAACCUUGAUAACUGUAAAAUUUUCUGAAAAGCAAUUUUUGUGGUAUUAAAACCCCUUCUUUAUUCUUAUAUUUAAUUUUGAAGAUGGGUCAGUGAAUGUUGGUUUGCAUUUCAAAACAAUAUUAAAUGCCUUGUUUUCCUUGUUUAAAGGAUGGUAUGAAUGAAUUGUUUGUUGUGUUAGGCAUAAUAUGUCAACAAUUUCCAGUCAUUUACAAUCAGUCAACAUUCCAUUGUGUACAUGUAUUGUGGGGGGAAAUGUUUUCAGAAUUUCCGACAGUCAAAAUGAAUGAUCAAUGUCAUUUUUGUGUCUGUAAUUAUAUUAUAAGUACUCAUCUAUUAUGUCAACUUUGUAUUACUCUGCUGUUGCCAUAUUGCGUUCAACAAAAUAUAUAAAUUAUUUAAUAAAUCAUAUUAGUUUAUGUGCUCAAGAUAUCCAUGUAUAUAUUUAUUUAUAUCUUUUGAUAUAUUAUUGUGCCAUGAAAUAUGUUUUCGAUAUUAUUAAUUUAUGAAAAUUUACAUGUUUGGCACCUCAGUUACAUUUCAAAAUAAAACACCUCUCGUUUACUGUUCUUAUGUCACAUUGGAUAGAACUUUAUCACAUGCUAUACUUUGUGUUACCAUCUAAUACAACUAUCAUUAUGAUGUGUUUAUCUCAAUAAUGUGUAACAUAUGUUCGAUAGCUUUGGGAUGAUAAAUCAGUAUUUAAAAACAUAAUGUAUUUAGUUACUGUCUGUCACUUUGUGUUUUCUUGUUUAAACUGCAUGUACAUCUAUGCUUGUUUUGAACAUGUGCUUUGUGUAUAUAUUUUAUUUAAAAGAGUUAGCUAAAUUUAAUGUUAUUUACUGUGUAUAUAUACAGAGAUAGUCCCUGUUGUUUUUGCUUGUUUGUGUUUGGGUAUUCUCUUACAUACACUGCAAUGUGUAAUUUUUUGUAAAAAUUUGGGAUAAAAGUUGGUUGAAAUAAUU